GAAGGUCCGACUUUCUGCAGCUUUCCGUUCGUUCUUGGUUGUCCAGCGCCAUAUCGAAGAGCCCCGGGCCCAAGAUAGUACCAUCAGCGUGUGGAUCCCGUCGGCGUUGCACAAGGCGAUGGGGAUCAGCUGAGCGAAGGAUCCGGGACCUUCACUGGAUGCAUCGGACGCCCAAUGUAACACCUGCUUUGAUGAAUGUUUCGUCCUCCUUUGAGCGAGCGUAGCCGGCAGUAUAUAAGCGUCGGUGCCUAAACAUCACCAUCCAAUGCACAUCUUGCGGCGCUCUCACCUCUUAAUAUGAAGCUCUCCAUCUACAUCUCAGCUGCCCUCGCCGCAACCUGCAACACCUUGGCUGCCAGUUAUUCGCGAAAAAGCAAUGUCGUCGGCAACGGCUUCUACGACUUUUUCUCCUUCCAGGCCGUCUCCGAUCCCACCAACGGUCGCGUCAACUACGUGAACAAAGCGACCGCGCAAUCGCAGAACCUCACCUACGCCUCGUCCGACACCUUCAUCCUCCGCGCAGACUACAAGAACACGUUGAGCGCGAGCGGGCCCGGGCGCAACUCUGCCCGGAUCCAGUCCAACAACGCCUACUCGACCCACGUCGCGAUCUUCAACAUACGUCACAUGCCCCAAGGCUGCGGCACCUGGCCCGCGAUCUGGGAAGUCGGUCCAAACUGGCCAAACGAGGGAGAGGUCGACAUCCUCGAAGGCGUGAACGACGUCGGACCCAACCAAGCCACGCUUCACACCGGCGCAGGCUACACCAUGCCCUCAAGCCAGAGCGCUCAGAACGGGCGAGUGUCUCCUCCAAUCCCUCCCUGGAAGCCACACGCAUCGAUCCCGACCUUACGUAUAUCACCCAGAAUCCAAGUCGGCACCGACUGCGAAGGCAGCACCGGCUGCGGCGUGCAGGAGCGCUCGGACCGAAGCUACGGCCCGGCGUUCAACGGCGCCGGCGGGGGCUGGUACGCAAUGGAGCGCACGUCGAGCUCCAUCAAAGUCUGGUUCUGGUCCCGCUUAGACACCUCCGUCCCGGCCGAGGUGAAGAACGGCGCGACGUCCAUCGACACGAGCAGCUGGGGCACCCCGUUCGCGUACUUCUCCGGCGCAGACUGCGACAUCGACUCCAAGUUCGGCCCGAACCAGAUCAUCAUCAACCUCACCUUCUGCGGCGACUGGGCCGGGUCCGCAUACGGCUCAUCAGGAUGCCCCGGCACCUGCGUCGACUACGUGAACAACAACCCGUCCGCGUUCCAGAACGCCUACUUCGACCUCGCGUGGAUGAACAUCUACCAGUGACCUCUCUCCCCUCCCGCCUUCCGUCUUCAUCUUCUC